CUACGACAGGCAAUUGUACCGUCUCGGGUCAAACAUGCUAUCCCACCUGUGGUCACCUCUUCUCCUGCUGCUGGCAGCUACCUUGGUGAUCGCCCACACCAUUAAUGUUCCGCCCCAUGUACGAGAAUGUUUCCAUGAGGGCCUUCACAGGGGGGACACCAUGACUGUCAGCUUCCAAGUUGGUGUCGGGGAUGGAGGAAACGGAGAUAUCGACUUUUGGCUUACUGAUCCCAAGGAUUCGGUGUUGAUUUCUGAUCUUAAGUCUUCCACUGGCGACCACUCCUUUGAGGCCCAGCACGAUGGCACCUACCGCUACUGCUUCUCCAACGAGAUGUCAUCAAUCUCUACCAAGGAAGUAUCCUUCAAUGUCCACGGCAUUGUUUACGUUCCAGAAAACUUGAAUGACCCGGACCACAAUGAUCCUGUGGAGAAGGAGGUCAGAGAGCUUGCGGAUUUGCUUAAUGCGGUUAAGGAUGAGCAGGAGUACAUUGUUGUCCGUGAGCGAAGGCACAGGAACACCGCUGAGUCUACCAACACGAGAGUGAAAUGGUGGAGUGUCACCCAGGGUAUUGUGCUUGUUUGCGUGGGGGUGUUCCAGGUAUUCUACCUGAAGCGCUUCUUUGAGGUGAAGCGUGUGCUGUAAGGCACCUAUUCGAACUUGCUGUGCAGCUGUUUAUGGC